AUGGCUGCCAAAUUGAAACAAUUCCAAGCCUUUAGAAAUAUUUCGUUAACCACGCUUAAUACCAUCCACGCCUUAUCUCAACAGGCGCGCGGUGAUUUAUCGAUUAAAAAUUUGUUUAAUACGUGGUUUCAACAGGUCGAAUCUUGCAAAGAGACCUUUGACCUUAAUCAAGUAGAAAUAGUAUCGUUGUUAGCAGAUAAACCUGACAAUUUGCAACAAGAAAUCGAUGUAGGUGUAGAUUUUCUCGCUAAAUAUGUAGAAAUAAAAACUGUGUAUUUAGAAUUAUUCCCAAUUUCGCGUGUACCAAAUAGUAGUAAUCCUCUUCGGCAAUCGGUCGAUGAGGAACAAAAACAUUUCGUAGAUCGCUUGCAAAAAAUAGCUUUGCCUAAAUUCGAUGGCAACAUUCGUAAUUGGCCCCACUUUAGGGAUUUAUUUGUUAAAUUAGUCGACGAAAAACCAUACGCAGAUGUGGAAAAAUUUCACCUUUUGGCAGGUAGCCUUUCGGGCGAACCUCUUAAUUUAGUUAAGUCAAUUCCCAUUUCGGAUGACAAUUAUAAAAUCGCCUUUCAAGCCUUGUUAGAUAGGUACAAUAAUGAUCGAUUGUUAGCCACUUUGUAUUGGAAUGAAAUCCAAAAUAUCCCGGUUAUACCCGUCGAAUCCGCCUCGAGCUUGCGGAAAUUAUUGAACACUGUUCGUGAGAACUGUGAAGCUCUCAAAUUGUUGAACCUUGCCGACACUUGGGACUUUGUCCUAUUUAUUGUCAUUAUUCACAAACUCGACUCUGCCACGCGCAAAGAGAUUGAAAUUCGUUUAGAUAAAAAGAAAAUUCCUACAUUUUCAGACAUAGAGCCUUUGUUGAGCGAACAUUGUUUGUCGUUAGAAGCCUUACAGGCACCACUUUUGUUGAACGUGACUGCAUCUAAUAACAAAAAUCCUCGUAGUUUCGAAUCGGUUGGCAAACCGCAAAAAUUGUCAUUGUCGUCGUCUGGUACUUUUACCAAAUCUUCUAGCAAGACCUCUCUGGUCGCAACUUCGUCGUCGCAGUCUCGUUCAAAACCUCCUCUCAAAUGCCUCUUAUGCUCUCGAAACCAUAGCCUAAUUAGUUGCCCUGCUUUCAACGAAAAGCAACCCCAAGAUCGUUACGAAAUCGCCAAACGUAAUCGCAUCUGUCUAAAUUGUCUGGCUAGUGGACAUGUCGUCGCUUCUUGUCUCUCCUCGCGGAAUUGCCGCACUUGUGACGCUCGUCAUCACACACUUUUGCAUUUUUCGAAUAGACCUUCUAGUCCUGUCGUUUCGCCAUCUACAAGUGAAUCAAAUGGAUCGAACCAAUUGACCUCUUGCACUAGUCGUUGCUCAGCCACUUUCAUGGCUUCCAAUUCAGAUCGUCCUCCCGUUUUACUGGGUACCAUAGUUCUAAAGAUUAGAGAUCGUUUCGGUAGUUACCAUAUCGUUCGGGCCUUGCUGGAUCCGGGCAGUCAAGCGUCCUAUCUUUGUUCGAGCUUAGCAAACAAACUUCGUUUGCCUAAGCUAACCAAUGCAGUGCCCAUCUGUGGUUUAGGGCAAGUCGCAACCAAAUCAUCGUCUAUAGUUACUGGAGAAAUUCGUCCCAGUGAUCGUACUGAUCCCACAUUUAAAGUAGAUUUUUUCGUUUUGGAUAAAAUUUGUGGCAACUUGCCAAAUGAUAAUGUCAGUUCUGAUGUCCCCAUGCCUGAUAGAAUUAGAUUGGCGGAUUAUGAAUGGCACAGGUCUCGUUCAGUUCAGAUGUUACUGGGCGCAGACAUCUACCCUCAAAUCGCUAGCCCUGGUCUAGAUAGGAGAUGUAGACAUUUGGAACACCCUUUCUUGUUGGGUACAAUAUUUGGUCAUGUAGUGUUAGGUCCGGUCAAUGGCGCCAGGCCUCAACAAACCGUUACUUCGUUGUUUUCGUCGCUUAGUUCGGCUUCUUCCGUUCACUCGCCUUUGUCGUCCCUAGAUAAAGUCGUCGAGGAAUUUUGGAACGUCGAAGAAGUUCCGCCUGCACCAGCUGCAAUCACUCCUGAGGAUGAUCGCGCGGAAUCCAUUUUUAGAAAUUCGUUGUAUAGGGAACCAUCUGGUCGUUUUGGUUGUGAUUUUGCUGGGCCAUUUACUAUCACCGCAGCUAGAUUUCGUGGAGCAAAAACCCUAAAGUCGUAUUUGUGUAUUUUUGUGUGUUUCGCGACCAAAGCUGUGCACUUAGAAGUCGUUUCGUCGUUAUCUACUGAUGCCUUCAUUGGCGAUUGUGGUACCAAUUUCGUCGGCGCGAAUAGAGAAUUUAAUCGGUUGAUGAAAAAAUCUGUUGAAUCCCAAGCUAUCGCGUGGUCCUUUAACCCUCCCUCUGCUCCGCACUUUGGUGGGCUUUGGGAAAGCGGCGUCAAAUCGGUAAAAAGACAUUUAGUUAGAGUUGUAGGGAACCAAAUCCUCACUUUGGAGGAAUUUAAUACUGUAGUUAUAGAGAUAGAAGCAAUUCUUAAUUCGAGACCUUUAUGUCCCAUUAGUACUGAUCCUAAUGAUUUAGCUAGCUUGACCCCUGGUCAUUUUUUAACCUUGGAGCCUUUGUCGUCCCCUCCGGAUCCAGACUUAUCCCACUUGAAAUCCUCGCGUCUUGCUCGUUGGCAAAUGGUGCAACACAUGCAGUAG